AUGCCCAAGGACACACCUACUCUGGCCAUAAGCCACACACGGCUGUACACUAUAAACCCGAGUCACUUAAACCCGGCGCUCGUGACGGCACGUGCACAAUCGUCUCCCGGGGCUCCAACCCGGCCCCGCGGCAGCGCCGGCCCGCAGCCCCGCAGGGGGGACACGGCGACGCCCCCGGCCGGGCGGCGGGUUCCCCGAGGAGACCUCAGUCACCUCGGGGAAGGCCCUGGAAUCAGCCCUCCACCCCAGCCUGGCGGCGCGGGCAUGAGAAGGUGGGAAGCCGCCCACCGCGUGCCGCGACUGCCCCUGCGCAGGGCCCGGGACAACCCCAGCGCCGUGACUAGACGCGACCACGAGCUCCGACACCACACCCCACCCGGGGGACGCGCCUCCCGCGCCCGCGAAGCCGUGUUCCCGCGAGAUCUUCUCGUCCCGCCCCUACCGCCCCCUGAUUGGCUGGAAUCUCGCGGGGUCACGCCCAGCCCGCCCUUCCUGAGAGAUUCGGCCGGGUCUUUCCUGCCAUCGCGGCAACGUUGGAUUCCUGUUCGUUUUCCUGGUUCUCGGGGACCGCGGCCCUUCUGUCCCUCGCCCCAGCGCGGCGUGAGCUCAGCAGCACGGGGUCGCUGAGCUGUUGGGAGCACGUAGGCUGGGCCGUAGGGGGAAACCGCGUCCCCGGUGCCCCGAAAGCGAGUUCUGCGCCGGAGGCGUCCUCUGUGGCCGGGAUGGGGCCGCCGCUGUCGCUCAGAAGGGCAGCCAGCUGACUGAGGAGAUCCUGGUACUGGGACCGUGCA